UAAAGGCGUGAACUUAUCAAAUAUCGACAAAUCAAUCAUUAAACGAAAUUUCUAACCACACCACAUACGACAUUCAAUUGUGUUGAAGUGAUGUAUCUAUUUGGCGAUUUCAAGAAGGAAAAGCAACAAAAUUUGUCAGCCUGAUAGACUGAUCCAGAUUUUUUUCUUCAUUAAAUGCCUUACCUGCUGCUUCUUUAAUUCAUUCAUUAAGUUAUUGUUUCGGUGUAUAUAUAUACCGCGUCUUCUCCACCAAUCUAUGGCGUCUUCUACUUUCAAAAGUUCUUGGAACUGACUAGGUUAAUACCCACAGACCAUAGUUUCAGCCUCCUUUCUUAUAGAAAAAAAAGUUAUAUAAUCAUUCAUGGCCCUCCGCUCUCCAUCUAUUGCCAUUUCCUUGAUUGUUGUGGCCUUCUUUUUAGUCUCAUUUGCAAGUUCUAUACCCUUUAUAGUUCUCCAUGGUAUUGGAGACCAAUGCAAAAAUAGAGGAGUAAAACAGUUCACUGAUCUAUUGACAAACUUUUCUGGUUCUCCAGGAUAUUGCCUAGAAGUUGGGGAUGGACUAUGGAAUUCCUGGUUUCUUCCUCUCCAGAAACAGAUGGGACUUGUUUGUGACAAGGUGAAGGAAAUGAAAGAAUUGAGAGAGGGUUACAACAUAGUUGGUCUUUCCCAGGGCAACUUGAUUGCUCGAGGUGUGAUAGAGUUUUGUGAUGGUGGACCUCCUGUUAAGAAUUUCAUUUCCUUAGCAGGACCUCAUGCUGGUACUGCUUCUGUUCCUCUUUGUGGCGUUCAAGUCUUGAGAACAGCCCCCCAUGAAAAAUUGCUAAAUACUGGUAUUUUAUGCAUAAUUGCAAACAACCUACUUAAGUCAGAGAUCUAUAGUGAUUAUGUUCAGGAUCACCUGGCUCCCGCUGGCUAUCUUAAAUUUCCUAAUGAUAUCCCUAACUACUUGAAAAAAUGCAAGUUUCUUCCCAAGCUAAAUAAUGAACUACCAGGUGAGAGAAACUCAAUUUACAAGGAAAGACUCACAAGCUUGCAGAAUUUGGUACUUAUCAUGUUUGAGAAUGACAAAGUUUUGAUACCCAAGGAGACAGCUUGGUUUGGUUAUUAUGCGGAUGGAUCUUUCGAGACAAUUUUGCCUGCAGAACAGACAAAGCUUUAUACUGAGGAUUGGAUUGGUCUCAAGGCCUUGAAUGAAGCUGGAAGAGUUCAUUUUGUAAAUGUGUCAGGAGGUCAUCUGGGAAUUUCCAGAAGUGAUAUGAAGAAGCAUGUUGUGCCUUUUUUGGUGGAUCGCAGUAGAAUAGCCCCAACCAAUCAGAGAGAAAAAGAUGUGGCUGGAUUUGAUAACAUAACAUCAGCUGAAACAAUACUUCAUGGAUCAUCAUCCUGUAAGUGGCCCUCAUCAGUCAAAGAUUUUUUCAAGGAACUCGUUGGACUGGCAGAGGAAAAAGAUUCUGAUUAGCUUCUAAAUUGGAACUUAAGUUACACUUGAUGAGAAUCAUCUAUGCGUAUAGUAAUCCAAAAGUUCUUUUUUGUUUAGGAACACUAAUGGCUAUCAGGUGUUGGUUAUUAUGCAAAUAGAAUUAAACUCUAUGAGAAAAGUUGCAUUUGAAGCGGUGUUUAUGGGAAUAUUCCAGGAAGCCAUAUAUGUAGUUUAAAUUGUUAAAAACCUCGACAUUUAUCCUAAUAUUUUCAUCAAUGCCAGUCGAUAAUUUCGAUUA